GCUGUGAUUGGCUAGCACGAACAGCCGUUUCCCCCGAUUGGAUGAUCACAACGUCGUUCAACCGCCUCACUCGCCACCCUGACGCGGGGUCGCGCGCUCCCGACUAGCCAGGUUUUGCGAGUUUUGAUUGGCUGUUUUCCAGGCGGUCGCUAAGGGAGACGUAAACGCGUUGCAGCGAGGCAUUCUGGGAAGGAGGAACUGCUCUGUUAUGCUGGUUGCUCGUAGAAAAUGAAGCGUGUCUUCACUCUUUCUGAAAAAGCCUGGAGUGGAUCAUGUUUGCAGUACAAAUGGCAGAAAUCUUUAGGGAAUUAUCUGGCUGUUGCUGGACCCGACAACUCGGUGAAGAUCUUCGACCGUCAUGGACAGAAGAUGAACGAGAUCAAUCUCCCUGGGAGGUGCGUCUCUUUGGACUGGGAUAAAGACGGAGACACUUUGGCCGUCAUUGCGGAAAAAUCCUCUUCCGUUCAUCUGUGGGACGCCAACGUGAACAAGACGUCACAGCUGGACAGCGGCAUGAGAUCUGUAGAUCAGCUGUCUUUUCUGCUGUGGUCCAAAACGGGGCCGCUGUUGGCCGUCGGGACGUCGAAAGGAAAUCUGCUCAUUUACAACCAGCAAACCUCACGCAAGAUUCCAGUGCUGGGUAAACACACUAAAAGGAUCACAUGUGGCUGCUGGAGUUCUCAGAACCUGUUAGCUCUGGGCAGCGAGGAUCACAACAUCACAGUCAGCAAUCAUGAAGGAGACACCAUCCGACAGACCUCCGUUCGAGCGGAUCCAGCUGACAUUCAAUUCUCUGUGAUGAAGACGGAUGAGAGAUCGUCACCAGGAGAGAGCACGGUGAGUGUGGCGGUGGGGAAGGCGACUCUAUUCCUGUUUAACCUGAACGACCCGGAUAACCCCAUCGAGCUGGCUUUCCAGGAGCGCUACGGCAACAUCGUCUCCUACCGCUGGUAUGGUGAUGGUUAUAUAAUGAUCGGAUUCUCGCACGGUUAUUUCGUGGUGAUCUCCACACACAUCCGCGAGAUUGGACAAGAACUUUUCCAGGCUCAUAAUCACAAAGACAGUUUGAGCAGCAUCGCCAUCACUCAGGCUCUCAACAAAGCUGCAUCAUGUGGAGAUAACUGUGUAAAGAUCCAUGACCUGACUGAUCUGAAGGAGAUGGAUGCCAUCGUCACGCUGGACGAGGAGACUAAAGGCUUAGAUCAGAUCUGUUGGACGGACGAUGGUCAGCUGUUGGCUGUGUCCUCUCAGCAGGGCAGACUGCACGUGUAUCUGACCAAGCUGCCCAUCCUCGGACACAGCUGCGGCACACGCAUCGCUUACCUCACGUCCCUGCUGGAGGUCACCGUCGCCAAUCAGGUGGAGGGGGAAGCUGCGGUUACCGUUGCGGUGGAGGUGGAGCCUAACUUUAUUGCUGUGGGACCGUACCACCUGGCUGUAGGGAUGAACAACCGGGCGUGGUUUUAUUCGAUGGGAGACAGAGGUGUGGAACGUCUCAAGGACACUGAAUAUCUGGGCACCGUAGCUAGUUUGUGUCUGAACUGUGACUACGCAGCGGCUCUGUUCGAGGGAAAGGUCCAGCUACAUAUGAUUGAAGGUGAAGACCAGGACGUUCAGGAGGACAGACAGACGAAGCUCUUCCCAGAUCCUGACCAGAAAUAUCGCAUCCUCAGCCACGCACUAUCCACGGAGUUUCUGUUCUACGGAACGGAUACUGGUCUGAUUCAGUGUUUCUACAUCGAGGACUGGCAGAGCGUGAACGAGUACCGCCACCAAGUGGCCGUGCGCAAGGUUUUCCCCGACCCCAACGGAACCAGGCUCGUCUUCAUCGAUGACGAGAGCGACGGAUUCCUUUACUCUCCGGUGGACGGCUCGCUGUUCGAGAUCCCCGACUUCUCCUCCACCAUAACGGGUGUACUGUGGGAAAACUCGGUCAGCGAUAAGGCCGUUUUUGUGGCGUUCGACGAGGACAAAGUGUACACUUACGCCUUCCACAAGGACACCAUACAGGGUUCGAAGGUGAUUCUGGCGGGUGCCACCAAACUGCCGUUUUCCCACAAGCCCUUGCUGUUGUAUAACGGCGAACUGACGUGCCAGACGCAGAGCGGCAAGACGAGCAGCGUACUUCUGAGCACACACUCUUUCCUUAACAGCACACAGACGAGCAGCAGCAAAGAGCAGCUCCAGUCCCUGCUGCAGCAAGCCAUCAAGAUCAAGAAGUUCUCAGCGGCGUGGUCUUUGUGUUCAGCUCUGGGCAGGACCGAGGCCUGGGCGGAGCUGGGCAGGGCGUGUCUCCAUCACAUGGAGGUGGAGUUGGCCAUCAGAGUGUAUCGAAGCAUGGGCGAUGUGGGCAUGGUGAUGUCACUGGAGGACAUCAAGGGAAUAGAGGAUCAGAAUCUGCUGGCUGGACACCUGGCAAUGUUCUGCAACGACUACAACCAAGCUCAAGACCUUUACCUGGCUUCCUCGUAUCCGAUGGCAGCACUGGAGAUGAGGAGGGACCUGCAACAUUGGGACAGUGCUUUGCAGCUAGCUAAGAGGCUAGAUCCCGAUGAAAUCCCUUUUAUAUCUAAGGAAUACGCCAUCCAGCUGGAGUUCGUUGGAGAUUACACAAACGCCCUGGCUCACUAUGAGAAAGGCAUCACUGGGGACAACAAGUUCCAGGAGCAUGACGAGAGUUGUUUGGCUGGAGUGGCCCGCAUGUCCAUCAGGAUGGGAGACAUCCGCAGAGGAGCCAACCAAGCCAUCAAACACCCGAGCAAAACGCUGAAGAAAGAGUGCGGCGCCAUCUUGGAGAGCAUGAAGCAAUAUUCUGAGGCGGCACAGCUGUACGAGAAAGGCCAGUACUAUGACAAGGCAGCUUCUGUCUACAUUCGCUGCAAGAACUGGGCAAAGGUUGGAGAGCUGCUGCCCCAUGUGAGCUCUCCCAAAAUCCACCUGCAGUACGCUAAGGCCAAGGAGGCCGACGGAAAAUACAAAGAGGCCACGAUGGCCUACGAGAGCGCCCGGGAUUGGGACAGCGUGAUCCGGAUCCUCUUGGAGCAUCUUAACAAUCCAGAGGAAGCGGUCCGGAUCGUGCGGGAAACCCAGUCCGUCGACGGCGCCAAGAUGGUAGCCAGGUUUUUCCUGCGUCUGAGCGAUUACGGCUCAGCCAUCCAGUUCCUGGUGAUGUCGCACUGCAGCGACGAGGCCUUCCAGCUCGCCCAGCAGCACAGCCAGAUGGAGGUGUAUGCUGACAUCAUCGGCUCCGAGGCCAGUAUGGAGGACUACCAGAGCAUAGCGCUUUAUUUCGAGGGAGAAAAGAAGCACCUGCUGGCUGGGAAGUUUUUCCGGAAGUGUGGCCAGUACAGCAGGGCGCUGAAACACUUUCUGAAGUGUCCCAACACUGAUGAUAACGUGGCUAUAGAAAUGGCGAUUGAGACGAUUGGAGAAGCUAAAGACCAGGCUCUGAGCAAUCAGCUGAUCGAUUACCUCAUGGGAGAGAGUGACGGUAUACCGAAGGACGCUAAGUAUCUAUUCCGGCUGUACAUGGCGCUCAAACUCUACAGGGAGAGCGUAAGGACGGCCAUCAUCAUCGCCAGAGAGGAGCAGACGGCAGGUAACUACAGGAACGCCCAUGACGUCCUGUUCAGUAUGUACAUUGAACUUCAGAAUAAUAAUAUUAAGAUCCCAGCUGAGAUGGUCACCAACCUGAUGAUACUACACAGCUACAUACUGGUGAAGAUACACGUGAAGAGAGGAGACCAUCUGAAGGGAGCACGCAUGCUGAUCCGAGUGUCCAACAACAUCAGCAAAUUCUGUACACACGUGGUUCCCAUCCUGACGUCAGCGGUCAUUGAGUGCCAUCGUGCCGGAUUAAAAAAUUCCGCUUUCAGCUUUGCAGCGAUGCUGAUGAGACCCGAGUACCGCAGCCAGGUCGACCCCAAAUACAAGAAGAAGAUUGAGGCCAUGGUCCGUCGUCCGGACACGUCUGAGGUGGAGGAGGAGAGCUCUCCAUGUCCGUACUGUGGCUUCAGCCUGCCUGAGUGUGAGCUGCUGUGCCCUGGCUGCAAGAACAACCUGCCCUACUGCAUCGCUACGGGUCGCCACAUGGUGAAGGACGACUGGUGCGUGUGUCCACACUGCAACUUUCCUGCUCUGUACUCUCAGUUCACACAGCUGUUAGAGACCGAAUCGAUGUGUCCUAUGUGCUGUGAGAGCGUGAGCACGAGUCAGCUGGAGAAGAUUUCCGACUGCUCCAAAUAUCUGCAGCAGGACCAGCAUGAGCCCUAACACACACACACACACACACACACACACACACACACACACACUCACACACACACGCACGCACACACGUACACACGUCUUACUAAUCCAUUUUUAUCCUUACUAGCGUUUAUUUAUAUAUAUAUAUAUAUUUUUAAGCGAAAAGCGCACACACACACACACACACACACACACUCUUGCAUAUCUACAGUCACAGUGCAUCCGGAAAGUAUUCACAACGCUUCACUGUUUCCACAUUUUGUUAUGUCGCAGCUUUAUUCCAGAAUGGAUUCAAUUCAUUAUUUUCCUCAAAAUUCUACAAACAUUACCGCAUAAUGACGACGGGAAAGAAAGUUUGUUUGAAAUCUUUGCAAAUUUAUUAAAAGAGCACAUGUGCAAAAGUAUUCACAGCCGUUGCUCAGUACUUUGUUGAAGCAGCUUUGGCACCGAUUACAGCCUCAAGUCUUUUUGAGAAUGAUGCUACAAGCUUGGCACACCUAUUUUUGGGCAGUUUGUCCCAUUCUUCUUUGCAGGACCUCUCGAGCUCCAUCAGGUUGGAUGGGGAGCGUCGGUGCACAGCCAUUUUCAGAUCUCUCCAGAGAUGUUCAAGUCUGGGCUCUGGCUGGGACACUCAAGGACACUCACAGAGUUGUCCUGUAGCCAGUCCUUUGUUAUCUCGGCUGUGUGCUUAGGGUCGUUGUCCCGUUUGAAGAUGAACCUUCGCCCCAGUCUGAGGUCCAGAGCGCUCUGGAGCAGGUUUUCAUCAAGGAUGUCUCUGUACAUUGCUGCAUUCAUCUUUCCCUCGAUCCUGACUAGUCUCCCAGUUCCUGCCGCUGAAAAACAUCCCCACAGCAUGAUGCUGCCUCCACCAUGCUUCACUGCAGGGAUGGUAUUGGCCAGGUGAUGAGUGGUGCUUGGUUUCCUCCAGACAUGACGCUUUCCAUUCAGGCCAAAGAGUUCAAUCUUUGUUCAAUCUUUGGUCUGAGAGUCCUUCAGGUGUCUUUUGGCAAACUCCAGGCGGGCUGUCAUGUGCCUUACUGAGGAGUGGCUUCCGUCUGGCCACUCUACCAUACAGGCCUGAUUGGUGGAGUGCUGCAGAGACGGUUGUUCUUCUGGAAGGUUCUCCUCUCUCCACAGAGACACGCUGGAGCUCUGUCAGAGUGACCAUCGGGUUUUUGGGUACCUCUCCGUCUAAGGCCCUUCUCCCCCGAUCGCUCAGUUAGGCGUCCAGCUCUACGAAGAGUCCUGCUGGUUCCAAACUUCUUCCAUUUACGGAUGACGGAGGCCACUGUGCUCAUUGGGACCUUCAAUGCUGCAGAAAUGUUUCUGUACCCUUCCCCAGAUCUGUGCCUCGAUACAAUCCUGUCUCGGAGGUCUACAGACAGUUCCUUGGACUUCAUGACUUGGUUUGUGCUCUGACAUGCAUUGUUAACUGUGGGACCUUAUAUAGACAGGUGUGUGCCUUUCCAAAUCAUGUCCAAUCAACUGGUUUUACCACAGGUGCACUCCAGUCGAGUUGUAGAAACAUCUCAAGGAUGAUCAGUGGAAACAGGACGCACCCGAGCUCGAUUUUGAGUGUCAUGGCAAAGGCUGUGAAUACAGUGUGAAUGUGCUUUUUUUUUGUUGUUUUUUAUUUUUAAUAAAUUUGCAAAGAUUUCAAACAAACUUCUUUCCCGUUGUCAUUAUGCGGUAUUGUUUGUAGAAUUUUGAGGAAAUUAAUGAAUUGAAUCCUUUUUGGAAUAAAGCUGUAACAUAACAAAAUGUGGGAAAAGUGAAGCGCGGUGAAUACUUUCCGGAUGCACUGUAUGUAUUUUUUAAUUUUUUUUAAAAAUGAGAACAGUUUUGUACAGUUGAUUUGUUAUAGAUUUUUUGCUCAUAUUUCUCUCAUUAUAAAUAAAAGCGUGAUUUUUUUUUCCCAGAACGUACUGACGGAGGCUCGUUUAUUUCACUGCUCACUUUACAAAUGUAGUCGAUCAGUCAAGAUGUGAUGCUUCUGCUGUACGAUUCGAUUCUACGUACAUACUCUAGGCCACGCCUCCUAGCUGAACCUGACUCCGAACCGUGCUCAGGAAGAAAGUGAUUCAGCUUCGGAAUGAAGGAUGUUUUUUUUUUUUUUUAGUUCUCGAAUGUCCUUGUUUUAGCAGGCAGAUUGCACAAGGCUAAACCGGAAGCUAUACGAUUCGAGUCUGGUCUCGAGACGUUUCCUGUAUUGACGAUCUUGUCUUGAGCGUUGGUCUCAAUAGUAAAUAUGGUGAAAGUUUUACAAGAAGUCAUUUCUUCUAAAACACAGCCUAAUCAUUUCCUUGAA